UAAAGUAGUUAAAAUAAUAGUGUCUAAAGAAUUCAAAUUAGAAAAGACACGUUGCUACUCGCCACCCCGAGAGAAAUAAUUGUUCCACUUCAAACUCAAAACAAAACCUCUUCUUCUUCCUCAGACUAGUCUGUAUUUUUUUCCUCUGAGCAACUUCUCGUUGCAGAGAGAGAACUGAGAACCUGAGCUUAAAUGACUCAACACUGAGUGUCAUUCUCAAAAAAUCUAGCUCAAAAAAUGGUUUCUUCACUUCAAUUCCUUUCGUUUUUCUUCUUUUUUGUUUCAAUCUCGUACGGACUCAACUCCGAUGGACUCUCACUCCUCGCACUCAAAGCCGCCAUCGACACCGACCCAACUGGCAUUCUCGGGUCCUGGUCCGACUCCGAUCCCAAUCCUUGCAGCUGGCGGGGCGUGGCCUGCACGCGCGGCCGAGUCAUUGAUGUUUAUCUUCCUAACAAGGGCUUCACUGGCUACAUUCCGUCUGAACUCGGCCACCUCGACUCGCUCAAGCGACUCAGUCUCGCUCACAACAACUUCUCUCGUCCCAUUUCGCUUCACCUCUUCAACGCCACCAGCCUAGUCAUCCUCGACCUCUCUCACAACUCCCUCUCCGGCCCAAUCCCGCCUCAAAUCUCAGCACUGAAAUUCCUCAGGCACCUCGACUUCUCCUCCAACUUCCUCAAUGGCUCCCUCCCCGAAUCCCUUGGCCAACUCCAAUCCCUCGUUGGAACCCUGAACCUCUCCUAUAACCGAUUCACCGGCGGGAUUCCUUCGUCGUACGGAAGAAUUCCGGUCCCGGUCAGCUUAGAUCUCCGGCACAACAACCUCACUGGGAAAAUCCCUCAGGUCGGGUCACUACUUAACCAGGGACCCACCGCCUUCUCCGGAAAUCCGAGCCUCUGCGGAUUCCCAUUAGAAACUCAAUGCCCCGAAGCUCAAAAUCCUAAUCUCUCUAAGAGCACAUCGGAUGGGGAUCAGAACCCUCAGAAGCCUCUGAACGAAAACCCCGAUUUGAUCUCCGGCGACGGGAGAGGAAAAGAGGGAGGCAUGUCGGUGACCGUACCGAUCGUAUCGGGUAUUUCGUUGGUGAUCGGGGCGGUCUUCGUGACGGUCUGGAUUUUCCGGCGGAAAUCAGCAGCGGAGACUGGGAGCGAGGGCAAAAUGGGAAAAGAAAAGGCGGAGACUGAAGUGGUAGUGGAAGAAGAGGGGCAAAAAGGUAAAUUCGUAGUGAUGGACGAAGGGUUCAGUUUAGACUUGGAGGAUUUGCUAAGGGCAUCGGCUUACGUGGUGGGGAAGAGCAGAAGUGGAAUCGUGUACAGAGUGGUGGCUCGGGGUGGGGGAUCAGGCGUGGCCGCAACAGUUGUAGCCGUUAGGAGGCUAAGCGAAUGCGAGGACGCCACGUGGAGGUUCAAGGAUUUUGAGUACGAGAUCGAUGCUAUCGGGCGGGUCCACCAUCCGAAUAUCGUACCGCUCAGAGCUUAUUACUACGCUAACGAUGAAAAACUAUUGGUUACUGAUUUCAUCCGCAAUGGUAGUCUCUACACUGCGCUCCACGGGGGUCCUUCCAGUUCUUUACCGCCAUUAUCAUGGUCAGCAAGGUUAAAAAUUGCUCAAGGAAGUGCUAGAGGCUUAAUGUACAUACAUGAGUACAGCCCUCGGAAAUAUGUUCAUGGCAACAUUAAGUCAACAAAAAUCCUCCUUGAUGAUGAUUUGCAACCUUGCAUAUCUGGAUUUGGACUCACGCGUCUUGUAUCGGGUUCCUCCAAGUUCACUUCAUCAGCAUCCAAAAAGCAUAACACAAACUCUUCCUUUGUCACUGCUGGCUUGAAAAUCACGGCUCCCUCAACCGUUUACAUGGCGCCUGAGGCUCGGAUACCAGGCAGCAAGUUCACUCAAAAAUGCGAUGUGUACUCUUUUGGCGUUGUGCUUUUAGAGAUUCUGACUGGUAAGCUUCCGGAUGAGGGCCCUGAGAAUGAUGACAAGGGACUGGAGAGUGUGAUCAGGAAGGCUUUUAAAGAGGAAAAGCCGUUGUCUGAGAUUAUAGACCCUGCACUUCUUCACGAGGCUCAUGCAAAGAAACAAGUUGUUGCAGCCUUCCACAUUGCCCUCAAUUGCACAGAACUCGACCCAGAAAUUCGUCCUCGGAUGAAGACAGUCUCAGAGAGUCUUGAUCGAAUCAGAUUGCAAUGAGAAACAACUAGGUUGGCAGAAAUAUGUAAAAAGUUUUUUUGUUUCUUUAGCCUAACGGCUCUUGUUUUGGAUCUUUGAAACUGGGAAUAGUAGAGAAUAGUCUGUGGUGUAUCUUUUCUGUUGAGUGCAUUGUAGAAGUUAGAGAAAAUCCUUUGUCUUCCAGUGGUAGGGAUUUGGUUUUUUAAUCUCUAAAAUUAAUGGUCAAAUGGAAAAUUAGAUCAAUGGAGAUGUCCAAAAUUCUCUAGUGUUGA